UGACAGAAGCACAAGUCAUGUCAUCUCUGCUGAGCACCGAGGCAGAUUUGAAUUGAUACAUUCUGGUAUAGAGCUCAUCUCCCAGGAAAUAUGCUGAUUUGAACCAAAAAUCUUGGUGGGUUCUGUCUGUUUAUGGUUAUGAAGAAAGAAAGUCUUUAUCUUGGCCAAUGGCUAUGAAGAAAAGACGCCAUGGCUCCUGGAGGACGUGAACAGCACAAUGAGCACAGCAUUUAGUAGUGCACUACUGUUCAUGUGUAUUUAAGCAGUUUUGAUAUGUGGAGAAGUUGAAGGAAUUGAAAACAUGGAAGUUUUCUCAAGGUCUUCGCAUGAAGAAGAAGACGAAGAAGCUCUGAAAUGGGCUGCCAUUGAGAGAUUGCCAACUUACUCUCGCGUAAGGAGAGGCAUACUUGCAGACCAGGAGGAGGGUAGAGCUAGAGAAAUUGAUGUCAAGAAUUUAGGAGUGCUAGAAAGGAGGAAGUUGCUGGAGAGGCUGGUGAAGAUUGCAGAUGAAGAUAAUGAGAAGUUCUUGUUCAAGCUCAAGGAUCGCAUGGAUAGAGUUGGACUUGAUUUUCCAACAACUGAGGUGCGGUUUGAGCAUUUAAGUGUUGAAGCAGAAGCUUAUGUAGGGAGUAGGGCGUUACCUACAAUACUCAACUUCUACAUUAACAUCUUAGAGGGGUUCUUGAAUUGCCUUCAUGUUCUUCCGAGUAGAAAGAAACGAUUUCCGAUCCUCCAUGGUGUUAGUGGAAUCAUCAAGCCGAGAAGAAUGACACUGCUUUUAGGCCCUCCAAGCUCUGGAAAGACUACACUACUACUGGCUUUGGCUGGAAAACUUGGUAAAGAUCUGAAUCUUUCGGGGAGAGUUACUUACAAUGGAGAGGGGAUGGAAGAGUUUGUACCAGAAAGGACAUCAGCAUAUAUCAGUCAACAUGAUCUUCACAUACCAGAGAUGACAGUGAGAGAAACUCUGGCUUUUUCAGCAAGAUGUCAAGGAGUUGGACCACGUUAUGAAAUGUUGGUAGAAUUAUCAAGGAGAGAAAAGACUGCAAAUAUAAUGCCAGACCCUGAUCUUGAUGUUUACAUGAAGGCAGCUGCACUAGAAGGACAGAAAACCAAUGUAGUCACAGAUUAUAUACUGAAGGUUUUGGGGCUUGAAGUUUGUGCUGACACUAUAGUAGGGGAUCAAAUGAGACGAGGUAUCUCUGGGGGACAAAGAAAGCGACUCACCACAGGGGAGAUGCUGGUUGGACCAGCAAGAGCACUUUUCAUGGAUGAGAUAUCCACUGGCUUGGACAGUUCAACAACAUUUCAGAUAGUGAAAUCACUUAGACAAUCCAUCCACAUUCUCAAUGGAACUGCUGUUAUCUCUCUCCUCCAGCCAGCGCCAGAAACUUAUCAUCUCUUUGAUGAUAUAAUUCUACUCUCAGAUGGGCACGUUGUGUAUCAAGGUCCCCGGGACAAUGUACUUGAGUUCUUUGAGUACAUGGGCUUUAAAUGUCCAGAGAGAAAAGGAGUUGCUGAUUUCCUACAAGAAGUAACCUCAAGAAAAGAUCAAGAGCAAUACUGGGCUGUCAAUGACAAGACUUAUAGCUUUGUUACUUCCAAGAGCUUCGCUGAAGCCUUGCAGUCAUUUUACAUUGGCCGAGAACUUGGUGAUGAGCUUUCUAUUCCAUUUGACAAGUCUAAAGGCCACCCUGAAGCUUUAACAACUAGGAAGUAUGGCGUCAGCAAGAAGGAAUUAUUCAAAGCUUGUAUGUCUAGGCAAGUUUUGCUCAUGAAGAGGAAUUCAUUUAUCCACAUUUUCAAAGUUGCGCAGAUGAUUCUAAUGUCUUUUGUAACAAUAACAUUAUUUCUACGAACUGAGAUGCAUCGAGGUACUGUCGAAGAUGGUGGGAUAUAUAUGGGAGCAUUGUUUUACACAAUGAUGAUUAUUAUGUUCAAUGGAUUCUCAGAGCUGUCUAUGACUGUCAUGAAGCUUCCUGUGUUUUUCAAGCAACGGGACCUACUCUUCUAUCCUGCUUGGGCGUACUCUUUGCCCACAUGGCUCAUAAGGAUACCUAUGACUUUUGUGGAAGUAUCCAUUUGGGUGACCAUUACCUACUACAGUAUAGGUUUUGAUCCAAACAUUGAAAGGUUUGUCAAACAGUUCCUUUCAUUGCUGCUUAUAAGCCAAAUGGCAACAGGACUGUUCCGACUAAUUGGCGCAUUAGGAAGAAACAUGAUUGUUGCAAACACAUUUGGAUCUGUUGCUUUGCUUGUGCUGUUUGUUCUUGGUGGAUUUAUCUUAUCAAGAGAGGAUAUGAAAAGCUGGUUGGUAUGGGGAUAUUAUCUGUCACCAAUGUCGUAUGGACUGAAUGCCCUGGCUGUCAAUGAAUUUCUUGGAAAAAGUUGGAGACAUGUGCCUACCAACUCAACAGAACCAUUAGGAGUAAUGGUCUUGAAGUCUAGAGGGGUUUUCCCAGAAGCAAGUUGGUACUGGAUUGGAGUAGUAGCUUUGCUUGGAUCUAUUCUUCUAUUCAACGUCCUUUUCGUUUUGGCACUUCAGUAUCUUGAACCUCUUGAUAAACCGCAGGCAGUACUUUCUAAAGAUGCCUUGGCAAAGAAACAAGCCAUUGAAACUGGAGAGGCCAUUGAAUUAUUUCCAAAACGAAAGAGCUAUAGUACUGGUGCAGCUAAUGAAAGACUAGGCCAUGUGUCAGUCAAUCUGACCAGCCACCGAGGAAUGGUUCUUCCUUUUGAACCCCUCUCUAUUACUUUUGAUGAAAUUAGAUAUGCAGUUGACAUGCCACAGGAAAUGAAAGCAGAAGGUGUUACAAAGGAGCGUUUAGAACUUCUGAAGGGUGUAAGCGGUGCUUUUAGGCCUGGAGUCCUAACUGCUCUGAUGGGGGUCAGUGGCGCUGGAAAGACUACUCUAAUGGAUGUCUUGGCAGGAAGGAAAACUGGUGGAUAUAUUGAAGGAAACAUUACCAUUUCUGGCUAUCCAAAAAAGCAAGAAACAUUUGCUCGUAUAUCGGGAUAUUGUGAGCAAACAGAUAUACACUCUCCACAUGUUACAGUUUAUGAGUCUUUGAUUUAUUCAGCUUGGCUCCGGUUGCCCCUUGAGAUUGACUCCCCCACCAGAAAGAUGUUUAUUGAGGAAGUCAUGGAACUUGUGGAACUGACCCCAAUAAGGGAUGCACUUGUUGGAUUGCCUGGUGUGAAUGGUCUUUCAACUGAGCAACGCAAAAGGCUAACAAUCGCAGUAGAGCUAGUUGCCAAUCCAUCCAUCAUAUUUAUGGAUGAGCCAACCUCUGGUCUUGAUGCCAGGGCAGCAGCAAUUGUAAUGAGAACUGUGAGGAAUACAGUGAACACUGGGAGAACUGUAGUCUGCACUAUCCACCAGCCAAGCAUUGAUAUAUUUGAUGCUUUUGAUGAGAUGCUACUUUUGAAAUGGGGAGGAGAAGAAAUAUAUGUUGGUCCUUUAGGACACCAGUCAUCCGAGUUGAUUGGAUACUUUGAGGGGAUCAGUGGAGUUCCUAAAAUGAAGGAUGGUUACAAUCCUGCGACUUGGAUGUUAGAAGUUACUUCUGCAGCACAAGAAGCAACUCUUGGAGUCAAGUUUACUGACAUAUAUAAGAACUCAGAAAUGUACAGGAGAAACAAGGACUUGAUCAAGGAACUAAGUACUCCACCAGAAAAUUCAGUGGACUUACACUUCACAACACAGUACUCUCAGUCUUUCUUUACCCAGUGCAUAACUUGCCUAUGGAAACAGCACCUGUCUUACUGGCGAAACCCACCAUAUAGUGCAGUGAGACUUAUUUACACAACAAUGAUGGCUAUAGUAUUUGGGAUAUUAUUCUGGGGUCUGGGAUCCAAAAGGCAAAAGCAACAAGAUCUUUUCAAUCUGUUAGGCUCUAUGUAUUCUGCUAUUCUCUUCAUUGGGAUACAAAAUGCCUCAUCAGUGCAGCCAGUUAUAAGUAUUGAAAGGAUAGUCUUUUACAGAGAAAGGGCAGCUGGAAUGUACUCUGCCUUUCCAUAUGCAUUUGGACAGGUUGUCAUUGAGAUCCCAUACACUUUGGUCCAAACCAUAUUAUAUGUCGUUGUAGUAUACACCAUGAUCGGAUAUGAUUGGACAGUCAGCAAGUUCUGUUGGCAUUUUUUCUUCAUGUAUUUCUGCUUCUUAUACUACACCUUAUAUGGUAUGAUGAUUGUGGCAAUUACUCCCAACGCUAUGGUUGCUGCUGUGCUUUCCUCAUCCAUCUACCCAUUAUGGAAUGUCUUUUCUGGACUUAUCAUUCCUAAGACAAGAAUUCCAAUAUGGUGGAGAUGGUUCUAUUGGUUGUGCCCGAUUUCUUGGACCUUAUACGGAUUGAUUGCUUCACAGUUCGGAGAUAUUAAGGACAAACUUGAAUCUAGCCAAACUGUCGAGAAGUUUAUUAGGGAUUAUUUUGGAUACAAAAAAGAGUUUUUGGUUGUUGUUGCAAUUGUACAUGUUGGGAUUGCGUUGCUCUUUGGAUUCAUAUUUGCCUUCUCAAUCAAAGCGUUUAAUUUCCAAAGGAGAUGAUGAGGACAUUGAGAAAGGCAAAUCUGUGUACAAAGCAAAUUUGCCUUGUGCUGCAAGUUUUGAUCCUCGACUGAUCUUAUUGAGGUGCAUAUAAGGAUG